GGAACUUUGAAUAAUAGAUAUCUAUAAUAUAAUUUUGAAAACACUAAAGAAUUCGUAAUAAAAUGAAUAAAAUUGGGUUUGCUUGUAUUAUAAUUCAAGCACUUGUUAUAAUACUAAGUGCUAUCGGACUGACCCUUUGUGACCGGUGUCCAGACCCUGAGAUAGUAAAGCCGUGCAAAUGUGAUGGCUAUGAAAUUUCGUGCGGAGACGGGGUCCGGGAUCUGAAGCCCAUAUUUGAGAGAAUCAGCGCUAAUAUAACUGAUCCUGGUGUCAAACAAUUCAUUGAGUUAAUUAUUGGUGGCGAUACUAUUGAGUCCAUACCGGAGAAUGCCUUUUCAGACAUCAGUUUCCAACGGAUCGCCAUUUGGGGCGUCAGUAAACUCAAGCACAUCCACACCAACGCCUUCGGACCAAUCACACCGAAAAACACCAUUUCCUUUGUCUUUUGGGGGGACAGUCCUAACUAUGACGCCACCAAUUUGUAUGAUAUAUUUAACAAGUUUGAAAACUGCCAGCAAUUCAGUUUCGGUGACAUUAAUCUGAAGACUAUUCCCGCAAACGCUUUCAAAGAGUUACCAAAACUAGAAGAAGUUAUCAUUUAUGGACAAAGUAUCGAAACUAUUGGUGAGAAACCUUUUUUCGAAUUAAAUGCUUUGAGAAACGUGGAGGUUUAUAAGACUUCAAUCAAAUAUAUACCGCAGAAUGUGUUUGUAUUUAGAAAUAAUAGUCAAUCACAGCUUAAGAUUGGUUUGUAUGCUAAUCCCAAACUAAAUGGACAGUCGUUUGAUGAAAAUGCGUUCACAAAGACUGGCGGAUCAGUUAUGUUAGAUUUUGGUGGAAAUAGAUAUUACACGGAUCCUAAUCAGAUGCAGUUUUUAGAUGAAUCCAAGUUUAAGCCCUUUCUUAUGGCUGAUCCGAAGAAUGGCAUAAAUAUGAUUAAGCAGAAAUUUGAUUGUAAUGAUUGUCGCAAUUAUUGGCUUAAGAGGAAUGAGGAUUACUUGAAGAGAUUAUUAAACCUCAAGUGCUCUAAUGGUCUCGAAGACGGGGUCCGGGAUCUGAAGCCCAUAUUUGAGAGAAUCAGCGCUAAUAUAACUGAUCCUGGUGAUAAACAAUUCAUUGAUUUAAAGAUUGGUGGCGAUACUAUUGAGUCCAUACCGGAGAAUGCCUUUUCAGACAUCAGUUUCCAACGGAUCACCAUUUGGGGCGCCAGUAAACUCAAGCACAUCCACACCAACGCCUUCGGGGCAAUCACACCGAAAAACACCAUUUCCUUUAUCUUUUGGGGGGACAGUCCUAAAUAUGACGCCACCAAUUUGUAUGAUAUAUUCAACAAGUUUGAAAACUGCCAGCAAUUCAGUUUCGGUGACAUUAAUUUGAAGACUAUUCCCGCAAACGCUUUUAAAGAGUUACCGAAACUCGAAGAAACUGGCGGAUCAGUUAUGUUAGAUUUUGGUGGAAAUGGAUUUUACACGAGUCCUAAUCAGAUGCAGUUUUUAGAUGAAUCCAAGUUUAAGCCCUUUCUUAUGGCUAAUCCCAAGAAUGGCAUAAAUAUGGUUGACCAAAAAUUUGAUUGUAAUGAUUGUCGCAAUUAUUGGCUUAAGAAGAAUGAGGAUUACUUGAAGAGAUUAAUAAACCUCAAGUGCUCUAAUGCCAUCAGGAAUGGCUUGAAUAUCCACUCGUCCAAGAACUUGAUUUGA